UUACGAAGAUGAGGUCUGCGCUGACUGUGAGGGAAGGGGAUUCAGGGGAGAGCCUUAAAAUUUUAUCACAGUAAACGAUUUCGACAGGUGUGAACUGAAAUCUCUAUCCAUAAAAAGCCGCCGACUCUUCCGUUGUCUGACUUGCACAUUUUCUACUCUCUUCAGAGAGUCGUCGUCGACCUGGAGGAGACCCAUACCAGAUGAGAAGGGAUUUUUCUCUACCUUCUCUGCACUCCAUGUCGAUGGUUGUUGAUGUUUCCCGGCGAGUAACUCGCCUGAAAUUUCUUUCAUUUCUCUUCUUCUUCCUCUCUCUUUUCUCUGUUUGCCAAUCAAAUGAUCUUGACAUCCUAAUGAAAUUCAAGGCUGCGUUUCAGAAAUCCAACACCCUAGUUUUCGAUUCAUGGACGACUACUAGCCACCCUUGCAAUUUCACCGGAGUUUCCUGCGAUUCUUUGAAUUCCGUAACAGGUAUUGAACUGGGUCACCAAAAUCUGAGCGGUGUUUUUCCCGUUGAUUACCUCUGCCAGCUUCAAUCCCUGCAGAAACUGAGUCUCGGGUCGAAUUUCGUGUACGGUACCAUCACAGACGGUUUGAAGAAUUGCAGUAGCUUGCAGUACUUAGAUCUUGGGUUUAAUUCCUUCUCUGGUACGUUCCCUGAUUUUUCUGCUCUAACCCAAUUAGAGCUGUUGAGUUUAAAUGCCAGUGGAUUCUCUGGUCCUUUUCCAUGGAGUUCGCUGGCGAACAUGACAAAUCUCGCCUUCUUGAGUCUUGGUGAUAAUGUUUUCGACAAGGCUCCAUUCCCGGUGGAGGUUUUGAAGCUUGAGAAGUUGUACUGGUUGUACCUCUCCAAUUGCAGCCUGGAAGGAGUGAUUCCCGUGGGCAUCGGAAAUCUCACUCUGCUCAUCAAUCUAGAACUCGCUGAUAACAAUCUAACCGGCGAGAUCCCGGUGGAUAUCGGGAAGCUUACGAAUCUGUGGCAGCUUGAGGUAUACGACAAUCACCUGACGGGAAAAUUCCCACCUGGAUUUGGGAACCUUACUAGUCUCAAUUACUUCGACGCUUCCAAAAAUCAACUUGAAGGAGACCUAUCGGAGUUGAGAUUCUUGACGAAGCUCAUGUCUCUACAACUCUACGAGAAUCAAUUCACAGGUGGGGUCCCCGAGGAAUUCGGUGAUUUCAGGAACCUUGUGAACCUCUCUCUCUACACAAAUCAGCUUACGGGUCCUCUUCCUCAGAAGCUUGGGUCAUGGGCAGACUUCAUUUUCAUCGACGCGUCGGACAACUAUUUGACAGGUUCGAUUCCGCCGGACAUGUGCAAGAACGGCAAGAUGAAUAAAUUGUUGUUGUUGCAGAACAAGUUCACCGGAGAAAUCCCAGCGAAUUAUGCAAACUGUACCUCACUGAUUCGUUUUCGAGUAAAUAACAACUCUCUUUCCGGCACCGUACCUCCCGGAAUCUGGGGAUUGCCGAAUGUCCACAUCAUCGACCUCACUAUGAAUCGAUUCGAAGGUUCCAUCACGUCAGACAUUGCAAACGCCAAAUCUCUCGCGCAGUUAUACCUCAGAACCAAUAGAUUUUCUGGUGAAUUACCACCAGAGAUCACAAAAGCAUCGUCUCUGAGUUCAAUCGACUUGAGCUUUAAUAAGUUUUCCGGCCAGAUCCUGUCUAGUAUCGGAGAAUUAAUGAAUCUCAAUAAUCUUUAUUUGCAGAAUAACCAAUUCUCUGGUUCCAUUCCGGCCUCGUUAACCUCCUGCUUGUAUCUCAACGUGAUAAACUUUGCCGGGAACUCACUCUCUGGCUCGAUUCCUUCGGCUCUUGGAUCGUUUCAGUCUCUCAAUUCGUUAAACCUCUCGGACAACGAGCUCUCAGGAUCAAUCCCUUCGAGUUUAUCUUCAUUGAAGCUAAGCCUUCUGGAUCUGUCCAACAACCAAUUAAGCGGCUCAAUACCACAGUCACUCUCUAUAGAGGCGUAUAACGGUAGCUUCGCCGGGAAUCCCGGCCUCUGCAGCUCGAACAUCAAUUCCUUCCAGCGCUGUUCUUCAGAUUCCGGCUCAGUGGCGAUCAGGACCGUUAUCUCUUGCUUCGUCGUGGGAGCCGCCGUAUUGAUCCUAUCAGUGGGUCUCUACCUUUUCCUAAAGAAGAGGCAGAAAGCAAAUCAGGGCCGCACAAUGUCUAGAGAUUCUUGGGAUCUGAAAUCUUUCCAUGUGAUGAGUUUCAGUGAACACGAUAUACUGGAUUCGAUCAAAGAGGAGAAUCUGAUCGGAAAAGGUGGGUCCGGGAAUGUCUAUAGGGUGGUGGUGGGUGAUGGAAAAGAACUAGCGGUGAAGCACAUAUGGAAUAACCGGCCGGAAUCCAAAAGCAGCCGGAGCAGCGCGGCGAUGCUGAAACGGAGGAACGGAUACGAAGAAGAAUUAGAGGCGGAGGUGGCGACGCUUAGCUCUAUACGACACGUGAAUGUAGUGAAAUUGUAUUGCAGCAUCACGAGCGAAGAUUCCAGUCUAUUGGUGUACGAGUACAUGCCAAAUGGAAGCUUGUGGGAUCGGUUGCACACGUGUGAAAAAAUGGAGUUAGACUGGGUGACACGUCACGAGAUCGCCGUGGGAGCGGCGAAGGGUUUGGAGUAUCUUCACCACGGGUGCGAGAAGCCGGUGAUACACCGUGACGUGAAGUCCAGCAACAUAUUACUGGACGAGUUCUUGAAGCCUCGGAUCGCCGAUUUCGGACUCGCCAAGAUCGUUCGGGCGAGUGGCGGUUCCAAAGACUCGUCUUCUACACACGUCAUCGCUGGCACACAUGGGUACAUCGCCCCUGAGUACGCUUACACGUGCAAAGUGAACGAGAAGAGUGACGUGUACAGCUUCGGGGUGGUGUUGAUGGAGCUGGUGACGGGGAAGAGGCCGACUGAACCGGAAUUCGGGGAGAAUAAAGAUAUAGUGUACUGGGUGAACCGGAUGGUUGGGAUUAGGAGAGAGAGUGUGAUUGGAAUAGUGGACCCCAGAAUACCGAAGGAGUUGAAAGAAGAUGCAGUGAAGGUGUUGAGGAUUGCGACGAUGUGCACUGCGAAUCUGCCGACGCUGAGACCGUCGAUGAGAACGGUGGUUCAAAUGCUGGAGGACGCAGAGCCUUGCAAGCUUAUCAACAUUUCCAUUAUAAAAGAUGAUGGUGAGGAGAAGCUGAGUCGCAGUAAGGUUAAGGAAGAGAGAGUAUUAGUGGAAGUAGAGGGUGAGGAGAAGAUCAGUUGCAGCCCCUGAAAUAAGAGAUUAAUGGUGGGUUAUGUGAAUAAUGAAAUAAUAAUCCACAAUUAGAAGUAAGGAGAUAGGGCGUUUGUUUCUAACUUGUGUUUAGAUGUUUUGAGGUCCUCAGCAAUUUCAGUUGCAGGCUUGUUUGUAGCUUCGUUGUAUGUUUUGUAAUUUAUGUAAUAUCUCGAUCGAUCGAUCCUUCUCUGUUUUUUGAAGAAUGGAUAAUCAUCUGCGUAAGCUCACGCAGAAGCUUUGAUGC